AUGUUUUGGAGACGCGCCCUGUCCUGGAUGGAGAACCAGACCCUUGUGGCUCCUCUCCAGCAGCCCAUCGUGUUUGAGCUGGAGGGCUUCGACGUGGCCCCGGGCCAGGGCCCCUUCCUGUUCCUCCUGGCUCUGCUGGCCUACCUGCUGGUGCUGCUGGGCAACGGCGUGGUGGCAAGCGUCAUCUUGCUGGAGCGCAGCCUGCACAGACCCAUGUUUGUGAUGGUGUGCCACCUGGUGGUGUGUGACCUGCUGGGGGCCACGGCCGUGCUGCCCCGCCUCAUGAUGCACUUCCUGCUGGGAGAGAAGAGGAUCGGCUACGCGCCCGCCAUCGCCCAGGGCUUCUGCGUGCACACCUAUGGUGCAGCGGUGCAAACCAUUCUGGGGGCCAUGGCCUACGACAGGUAUGUGGCCGUCUGCAAGCCGCUCAGGUACCACGCCAUCAUGACGCCGGGCCGGCUGCACGCCCUUUGCGGCCUGGCCUGGACGCUGGCCCUGCUGCUCAUCGCUGUGCUGUUUGCCUUCCACAUCAACGUCCUGCUGUGCGGCAACACCAUCCGACACGUCUACUGCAGCAACCGCAGCAUCCUGAACCUGGCCUGCGCCCCCACCCCCAUGAACAACAUCUAUGGUCUGUCCAUGACCUGGUCUUUGAGCACAGGGAUCUUCAUCGUCAUCGCUUUCUCCUACAUCAGGAUCCUGAGUGUGUCUCUGAAACAGGGCCGAACCGACCGGUCCGUCAGAACCAAGGCCUUCCAGACCUGCGCCCCCCACCUGGUCGUCUAUGUGCUCUAUGAAAUAGCCUCCAUGAUCGUAAUUGUGAGUCUCAGGUUUCCCUCCAUGUCCCAGAACAUCAGGAAGUUCUUCAGCAUUUUGAUAAUCAUAGUCCCGCCAGCCAUCAAUCCCGUCAUCUAUGGACUGGUCAGCAGAGAGCUGCGCUCCAGCAUCAUCAGACACUUCUCCAUCAGGGCCUGUCGUAAGAGCUGA